AUGUCUUGCGGUAGUGGUGUAGGAUCGUGCCCUAGCGGUCAGUGUUGCUCAGAGUCUGGCUUCUGCGGCACCACCGAGGAUUACUGCCAGGCUCCCCAAUGUCAGAUCGCCUAUAGCAAUGGUAGCUGCGACGCUAAUCAGAUGCCUGCUGGGCAGAGUACUAAGAGCAUCCCUCGCAACACCAACGGCAAAGCUCCAUACAAUGUUUACAUUACUAAUUGCACUCAUCCUGGCAAUGUCGCUCUCACAUUCGAUGACGGCCCGUACAACUACACUACUCAGCUUCUCAAUAUCCUAGACUCUUUCAAUGUCAAAGCUACGUUCUUUAUUGUCGGAAACAACCUGGGCAAAGGCCCAAUCGAUGUUGAGUCUAACGGUUGGGCCAAGAUUCUUCGUCGUAUGUACAGAUCCGGUCACCAACUCGGCUCUCACACCUGGGGCCAUGCAGACCUCUCAGCCGCAAGUAGCGAGAUCCGCGAGCAGCAGAUCAUUUACAACGAGAUGGCGUUUCGCAAUAUAUUUGGAUUCUUUCCAACGUACCUGCGCCCGCCUUACGGUACCUGCUCGCGUGACUCCGGAUGUUUGGGCUAUGUGACAAGUCUGGGAUACCAUGUUGUCAACUGGAAUAUCGACACAAAGGACUACCUCAACGAUUCACCUCAGCUGAUUGGCAAUAGUAAGGCCAUCUUCUAUAAUGCUCUAGCGAGCGCAAAUCCUAAGCACGAUGGUUUUAUCAGCUUGAGCCAUGACACCCACGAGCAGACUGUCAUCUCUCUGACUGCAUAUAUGAUUAAGACCCUGAGAAGCAAGGGCUUCCGACCUGUCACUGUCGGGGAGUGUCUGGGUGAUCCUAGGUCUAACUGGUACACUAAUGCCAGGUAG